AACUUUCCAACAUGGCCGGUGGUUUGUCCUCACUGAGUUCUGUCCUGUGUGUGAAAACAUGAGACUACAUGGAAUUUUCCCCUUUAAAGUCACGAAUGAUGCUGCUCUGACUAGAUGUUGCAAAUAAGACAGUAAACCGGCCCUCCUGAAAGAGAACUUUGGUUCUUAGACUGCAGCUGCCUGAGUUAUGGACUUUAUGAGCAUACAAAAAAGUAGGCUUUUGAUGACAUCAGUGAAAAGGAGAAACUGGAGAAAGCAGAUUACAAGAGUUGGAAACAAUGGAGAGGAGAAACGUAAGGCAUUCAGCAUAGAGGCUGCAAGACAGAAGAGCCUAGUAGAGAGAGACCUCUUGGAGGAGGCAGCACAGCAGAGAAGGAGCAAAGGUGAGAAGUCCUCGCUGAUGGGUGUGAGCCGGCUGGAUGUUCUCUACAGACGACUUCUCCUCACCAAGCUCUUCAUCCAUGGGUGGGGAAAGCCAGAUGACCUCAAAAGAAUAUUUGAAUUCCGGAAAAUUAUUGGAAACAGAGAAAAGUGUAAGGAUUUGGUUCCCAAGGAUUAUCCUGUUUUCAUAGACAAGGCCGAGGAGCAAACAGACUGCAAAAUUCUAAAUGGUCAUUUUAUUUCACCGCUGGAGUAUAAUCUGCCUGGUGUUUUACCUCCAGAGUCUGUGAAAGCCAGGUUCCAAUUCAUAGUGCCGAAGAAAUGGAAGAAGUACAGGCCAGUAUGUAUCCACCUUGCUGGGACAGGAGACCAUUUCUUCUGGCGGAGGCGCACCCUCAUGGCGAAACCUAUGAUUAAAGAGACAGGAAUGGCGUCGCUGUUACUGGAAAAUCCAUACUAUGGAUACAGAAAACCAAAAGAUCAAGUGCGCUCCAGCCUGCGAAACGUGUCAGACCUGUUUGUGAUGGGCGGCGCCCUCAUCCUGGAGUCGGCUGCCCUGCUGCACUGGCUCGAGAGGGAGGGCUACUGGCCCCUGGGCAUGACUGGCAUCUCCAUGGGGGGACAUAUGGCAUCUUUAGCGGUAACAAACUGGCCGAAGCCGAUACCGCUGGUGCCCUGUCUCUCCUGGUCUACAGCUUCUAGUGUGUUUACAACGGGAGUGCUGAGUAGAGCUGUGAACUGGCGGGAGCUGGAGAAGCAGUACGCCAUGCAUACAGUGUAUGAAGAGGAAAUCACCCGGCUGCUGGAGUAUUGCGGGACGGAUUCUUUUAGAAUGGGUCAGGAUUUUGUGAAGAACUCGCCCGACAGCUUUGACACCCUCUCAAGCGUGGACAUCCCCGCGGGCUUCCUGAGCCUGGAUGGGCCGCAGCACGAAAACGGGGACGUGCCGUCCUCGGCGCUGAGCUCCCAGGGCAGAGGCGGGGCCGCUGGGCGCACACUGCUCAUGAGCGGACAUCGCGGCCACUUGGACCAGAUGCUUUCAGCAGUGAGCAGCAGCCAUCCUCACAUUGACAUGCUUAGCGCCAAGAACAUGAGCCAGCAGGCCAGACAGCGGCUGUCUUUGCAGCGGGAAUCUCUGGGCUUCAUGAAGGGGGUCAUGGAUGAGUGCACACACAUCGCCAACUUUUCAGUGCCUGUGGAUCCGAGCCUGAUCAUCGUGGUGCAGGCGAAGGAGGACGCCUAUGUCCCUCGUGCCGGCGUUCGCAGUUUACAGGAGAUCUGGCCGGGAUGCGAGGUGCGCUACCUGAACGGUGGCCACGUUAGCGCCUAUCUCUUCAAACAGGGCCUCUUCAGGCAAGCCAUUUACGAUGCCUACAACAGGUUUCUUCAGAAGUAUUCCAUCUCCUAGCUUGAGGACCCCAGUGAGCAGAAUCUGAGAAGGUCACCUGAAACUUACAGUCCUCGAAGGGAAGCUUUCACCAGCAAACGGAAGACGGGAGAUGUCCUCCUCUAACAUGGGCUCUCCGAAUGACGUGAAUGGUUAAUCUCUCACAACAGUGGAUAAAUCACUGCUGCCAUAAAAUAUGAGACUGAUGUGCUGCUGGAAAUAAUGCUUAAGGAAAAAAAUGUCAGAACUCAUACAAUGCCUCUGAAAUCUACUCAUACAAUACCUCCUAUACUGUGUCUUUGUUGAAAUCAUUCUUCCUUACUCUCACCCACAAUGCCUUUCAUUAGAUUUUAUGGAUUAUAGGAGUUUUACAUAUCCUAAUGCAAUGCUUUUUCUGAUCAGGGAUUUUGGUAAAGCGUGAUUAACAAUGAAAUAAUGAGCAGCAGGUGCUUGACAAAUACCUGUAAAAUGUAUACAUUUUUUGUAGCUCGGUAACUAUAUGGUAGUUGAUUAGUUGGUGACCAGAUGGCAAUUAAGGGACACAAAGUAUAAAAGAAGCCUUUGUAUGAAUCCAAACGAGAAAUCUGUCAAGAAAUCUCAUGAUUUUCAUAACAGAGUCAGUAGCUGAGCUCAGCUGACAUGAAGUACUGUAUGGAGAGUGCUGGUCCAGAAAGGAGCCCGAGGAGUCCUGUUCUGCCCCUCCAUCAACAUAGUACCGCGGGAGGGUCCGGCUGGGGCCUCAGGACCUCCACAGGAGGAGGGUGUGCUGUAAGAACAGAAUGAGCUGUACCUCUGGAAAACCACCAUGCCUAGCACAUGUGCUCAUCCCAUUUUUCUGGUCGUAAAUUUGGGUGCUUAAACUAUACGUAUUUAAUGAUUAAAACUUAACAGGAUGUAUUUUAUCUUUUAAUUUCACAAUGUGUAGGGAUCUUGGCAUUUGUGUUAAAAUCAAUUUGUGCUCAAUUAAAAGCAAAAUUUUCUAAGCAGCCAGUACCCUUUAAAUUUUUAGUAAUUGUAAACAUUUACGUUAAGCAUAGUUAGUGUGUCUUUUUUGUAUUUUUCCUAUUCUUUGUGUAUAUGAUUCUGUGCAAGUGCUGUGGCUACUGUAACUAGCAGGUUUAAUGUUUAUUGUUCAUCAGGGGUUGUACUGAGGUGUUAACAUUGAGGUUUUAAACAUUACUUUUGUUAUUUGGCACUUUCCUCCAAAGCAACUUACAAUGUUGAACUUCUUACAGAGAUUUACCUUUUGUACAUUUGGGUAAUUUUUACUGAUAUCAGUUCACCGAAAUUGGCUUGAUCGCAGGUGCAACACUGAGAGUGGAACUUUUAUCAGUUUCGCGCUGAUAAAAAUGAAGUUUUUUUCUUUUCUCGAUAUUUUAAUAAGAAUCUUGUGGUGUGUUGAUCAUGAUGCAUCUUUAGAGCAGCCGAGCCUCAUGGUGUUGUCCACGGACUUGACUAAUAAUUUAUGUAAUGCUGUCGGAAAAAUAAAGUGCCGUUCAUA